AUGAAGACCAACCAGAUUGUCGACAAGAAGAAGAAGGAGGAGCAAGAGAAGAAGAAUUUACAGAUGAAGGAUACAAAAAACGAGGGCAGCAAGGUUGCUGGCCCCUCUGGCAAAGUUGCCGGCUCUGCCAUCGCACAGCACCAGCGUCAGCAGCACGAGAAGCCUCGUCGCGUCAUCAAGCCUCGUCCUCAGCAUGCGAGCUCCCUCGAGACCGCUGACGAUGACGAGUAUGACGACUGCUGGGACCCUUAUUAUUAG